AUGGGUAAAUUAGUAGGAGCACCAAAAGGUCAUGAUCGUUACAGAGAUCCAAAAACUCAUCAAAUCACACCAGCCUUGUACAGGGUAAGAGCACCAUUCUUUUGGAGAAAUACUAUUGCAUUAUUUGCUGUCAGUAGUAUACCGUUAGCUGUUUAUUUAUAUACAUUUAAGAAAAUGGGAGAUGAUGAUCUUGGUGAUAUUCCUAUUCCACCAAUCAGUGAUGAAGAAUUACAGAAGUUGAAAUUGGAAUACGAAAACCAAAAAUAG